CUACAACCCUCAUUCUCUUCUCUUUAGCCGCCUCUCUCCCUUCUCCCCUCUUCGUUCUCUUUCAUUUUUUUUUUCGGCGAUCACAGCGGUUCGACCGAGCUUUAUCCAGCGAAAGGAAUCAGCCCUCAUCCGGCGACGGGGAGACUUCUUCCAGCAACAGGAGCGGCACUCUUCCACGGCAGAGACGAGGAUUCUUGCGGACUGAGAUGAGCUUCGUGCGGCUAAGACGAGACAAAUCUCGACGACAAAAGAUUAAUGUUUUCUAACCCAAUUCUUCUCCUUCGACCGACGAACGAUAAACCCGCGAAACUUUAAGAAAAUUUGAUUAACCUUGAAACUGCGAUUGCCGAGGAGACGAACGCCGUAGAAGUCGGUCGCCGGCAUUGUUGUCCCAGCCCCUGCUCAGCGCCUAGAUCGCGGCCUUUUCUAGCGUGCAAGGCAGCCCAGGUUGCAGGCCUUUAUCUGCAUUCGUAGCCCAAUGAGGGAGCCCAAUUGCGUAAGGUCUAGAUUCCGCAGCCCUUUUUGCAGCCUGCGUCCGGCACGCGUUGGGUCGAGUUGGCCAACGCUUUUCACAACUGAAGCCUUCAUCCAGCCAUCUCCAGCCCGCAUGAUUGUCCAGCCCAACUCGCUCGCAGGACCAUGUCCGCGGCCCGUCUCCCUCCAGCAGUGCGUACUAAUUGCCAUAGCACACCUGCCAGCAAGCCAGCGUCUUUCCAGCAACCUAGUGAGCUACCAACCGGCUCAAGUGCGACCGCAGCUGUCAAGUCAUGCCCGGUGGCACACUUUUGAACCGACCGACAACUUGCCGGGAGUUGAUCACGAAGGGUGGCUGGCCGCCGGGGUAUCAUUGCGCGUGAACAGGGGUGGUCGCCGGAUCUUCACGCGGAGGAGCAGCGAUGAGGCGGAGCGGGUCUGCCGGCAAUCGAGGAGCGCCGAGAAGGUGGUGAUCACGCGGGGCGGGAAACACUGGAAGGUGAUGAUCGGAUUUCCUUUGAGGAGGAGAAAAGAGAGCGCGGCUGAGGGAUUCUUCGUCCCUUUCUUUUUUUAA